AUGGGGCUAGGCGUGUUAGAGGAUACUGUACUUGCCCAUGUUCCUGGCACCUCCGAUCUCCUUGACACGGAACACUCUAAUGAGCAAGCCAUUGUCGAAUCUAGCCUGAAAUACGACCGCUCGGGCACGCUCCCUAUUCUUUUGGUCCCUCAACCGAGCGAUGACCCCAAUGAUCCCUUAAACUGGCCACUAUGGAAGCGCGACAUUACACUUCUGGCCCUUUCCUUCGUUGCAGUUCUUUGUGCAACCACGAGCUCUCUUAUGGCUGCUAACACUGUGACUAUUGCUCUUCGCUAUAGAAAAAGUUUCACUUCUGUUGCACUUCUCACCGGCUAUCACCUCUGCGGUGUAGGUGUCGCCGGUAUCUUGAUCGUCCCAACAGCGCGGGUAUGGGGUAAGCGACAUUUGUUUCUUCUGGGGCACAUUUUAAUGGUGGUGAGCUGUGGCUGGGCAGGUGGAAGCGCCAACAAUUAUGCAAGUCUGCUAUGGGCUCGCAUCUUUCAAGGGGUUGCUCUAGCGCCCUUUGAGGCAUUGGUCAACGCUUGUGUUGGUGACCUAUACUAUGUCCACGAACGCGGAAAAAGGAUGGCUCUAUCUAACGUUGCUCUCUUCGGGGCGGCCUUCCUCACACCAGUUUUAGCCGGUAAAAUUACUCAUUCCCUUGGGUGGGAAUGGACAUUCUACUUACUGGCUAUCUUUGCUGCGGCGUCAUUGCCUCUGACUUUCUUCUUGGUUCCUGAGACAGCUUUCAGGCGUUCAGCUUAUUUGAACAAUGACUUCGGGCAGUCUGCAGACCAAACAAACGAGAAUAGGAUACACUCACAAUCACAACCUAAUAAGUUUCCAGAAUCCGAAGCUGGCCGCAUAUCCGGGGAGAAACAGAGUCCUAGUGAGUCGCAAGCUAGACAACAAGAGCGAGACACCCAUCUCAACACGGUGGUACCUGCGAAAGUGUCAUACACUCAAACCUUGAAGCCCUUCAAUGGCCGCAAGACGGACGAGGGCUUCUUGAAGCUUCUUUUCAGACCAUUUCCCCUUUUUUUUCACCCUGCAAUUCUCUGGGCCUGCUUAAUCCAAGGGGUAGUUAUCGGAUGGACAGUGUUCAUUGGUGUUGUACUGGCUGCCAUCUUCUUAGGGCCUCCCUUGUGGUUCAACGAAGUUCAAACCGGGUACUUAUAUACAGGGGCUUUUAUCGGCUCAAUUUUAGGCCUGAUACUCUCGGGCCUGCUCUCCGACUCCAUGAACAAGAUUAUGAUUAAGCUUAACAAAGGAAGAUAUGAGCCCGAAUUCCGUAUCCUCCUUGUUAUCUUUCAAUUGAUAUUCAGCGGGGCUGGGCUCUACGGGUUCGGUAUAGUGGCCCAAGACGUAGGGAAGUACGGUUGGCUUGUGGUCGACGUGUUCUUCACUCUAGUCAUUAUAGGGAUGGUCAUGGGUGCUGUUGCCAGUGCGUUAUAUAUUGUCGAUGCACACCGUCAAAUUGUGAUAGAAUCGUUCACAUGCAUGUUGAUAUUCAAGAACAUAUUCAGUUUUAUACUGACAUUUUUCGCUUAUGACUGGAUAGUCUCAAACGGUGUUAAGCCAGCGUUCAUGGCCAUAUCUAGUAUUCAGGUGGGAAUUUGCGCCUUGAGCAUCCCUAUGUAUAUCCUCGGCAAGCGAAACCGCUCCUUCUUUACGCGUCAUGACCUCCUGAAGAUUCUACACCUAUGGUGA